CUGCUGGGUUCGAACCCUGCUCUCGCAGACCAGAGCCAGACUGCUCAACUACUCUUUUUGAUAUUUAUUCCUAAAUUGGAGAUUAUUUGCCUAGGUACAUACUUCGCGUUGCGCGUGUGAUCGCGUCCACAUGCAUCAAGACGGCAGUCUGCCGGAGCUACACUAACCCUGAUUCGACCCUUCUCUUCGAACCCUUUCAUUCGUAACUGUCACUGUAGGGCUGCGAGGAGCCAUGGUCAGGUCUGGCGACAUAAAUGAGGUGGGAUAUGGUCGCCGUAGGGAGGACGAUUCAUCAAGCAGCAGGGAAUCGUCGCCACGACCAACGCAAAAACGAUCCUUCAGUCCGACUUCUGACGAUGGGGACCUCGAGAUCCCUCCGCUUCCUGACGAUGAUACCCCUCCUCCUCCUGAAAGGCCGAUAAUCAGGCAGGCAGUCGCAUUUACCACGAUCACGCCUGCCAAUAUCGAUACAUAUGAACCCACGGAAGCACCACGUCCCGCUACCUCUUUUCUUCCAGGUCAAAAGGUCAAACGUAAGGCGAGAAGCAAGAAGACUAAGCACAGCGACAACUACCCGGACCAGGUUGGACGUUUUCGAAUUAAAUCAUAUGAUCCUACCGCGUCUACCGCACCGCCAAUGCAACAGGGAAAUGGCCCUUAUUCUUCUAUCUAUCGUGCUGUUCCUUAUAAAGAAAGGAAUUUGGCAUCAAGCGCUCAUAUCCAUGCUUCCCCUAAUACGCAACCUAGUCCAGGAGAAAACGCAACAUCGACCUCUAACAAAUCACCAACUUCAUCGAUCGGUCAGACGAUUAGUACUCCAACACCUUCGACGUCGCCCUCCCCAAACGCUGUCUCAUCGACGAAUUCAACGAUACCUGUGUCCACAGCUUUGACACGGCCAUCCUUCUCUGGUGCAUCGAGACCCCAUUACCGAAGAGACUAUGACAAAGACCCAUUAGGCUUCGGCCAGUUCGUAAAUGCUCAGCGAGGUUCUCCAGCUGGCAGUGACGCCACACUCGCUUCAGCCCCUGCGCAUUCUCCCCUUCAACCCCAGCCCCCAGGAACUUUACAGAGGGCAGCUGCUGAGGCUUCUACAACCACUGACCUCACUUCAAAGGCUCCUCGAAAUCUGCCGCGUAUGGUCACCCUUCUGAUCUCAGAUAUUCGGAGUGGGAUCGUUGAUCGUCAGCUCGCUGAAGUAAAGGUACCCUUGAAAAUGGCUGAUACUCCAGAGGAUGGCUUUUGGGCUAAUGCAAAGGACAUUUGCGACAAGCUCCAGUCAGGCCCAUCCAGAAUCGAUGGACCUGCCAAGGUAUAUACCUUGAGGGGAAGGUAUCGACAAUUUUUCUUACGCGUGUCUGCGGAGAAUGUCGAUGAGACGAUAUCAUCUAAUCUGAGCAUAACGAACCAACGAACUAUAGACAUUGUCGUCGAACAAGGCCCAACGCCUGGACAAAUACCGACGCAACCUCUAAUACCUCGAGACCUGAGGAGUCCGUCUCCCGAUCCUCAACAGGCGCAGCGGCGAGAACCUGACCUUGUCCAGCAGAGAGAACACGAACUAGUUCAGCGGAGAGAGCAUGAAAUCGCUCAACGGAGGGAGUACGAGCUACAGCGACGUUCUUACGACCAUCGACGGGAUUAUGAGCACCGGCGUGAAUACGACGUUGCCCAGCGUCAUUAUCCAGUCCCUUCUUCGUCUUCUCAUUCUUUACACGCCUACGGUAAUUCUAGUGGAGAGUACAGCAGAAGAUCAGAAUACUCGAAGAAACGACGCCACUCUCCUUCUGGUGACUACGACUACGAUUACAGACACUCACAACCACCGCCACCGCCAUCUUCAAUGUCGCCACCUCAUAGAUCAUCAUACCCUCCGCCACCUUCUCCCUCCCAUAGACCAGCGUACCCUCCCCCAUCUCCCAGAGCAUCAUAUCUUCCAAUGUCGCCUCAUAGUACAUCCUCUUAUCCACCGCCGCGCCCCAUAUCGCCGGGCCAGAGAGCAUCUUGUCCCCCCCCGCCUUCGCCUCACGGUCCUAACAGCUAUCAUCCGUCUUUUGGUCAUCCGCCCCCAUUUGGACCUAACAGUUACCAUCCUGCAGUCGGAAAUGUUCCCCCAAAAAAGAUGAAGAGCUACAUGACGACUCAGAAAGAUCCGAUGUUUGCGACACCAGUUGAUAAACACGGACGCGAAUGGGAUUAUGAGUCACCCGACAGUGAUGAUGAAACAGCAGAUGUGUUCGAUAAGAUCUGCAAGAGGGUGGAUCCUUUGUUGCAGAACGACAAAGACUGGAAGAUGAUGUUUCAGUGGCGGGCUUUACCUCAAACCGUUGCCACAGUUUUGAACCAGUACAGAUUUGUGCAACGGCUAUUCGACAACUAUGCAGAAACAUAUCAUCAUCGCUUUGCAAAUGGACCCGGACUCAUCGCCUGAGAAGUGGGUGUCGGACUGUGCAGAGACUCUAACAUUAUUAGAACUUUACGGUCCUGGGGGUAGCCGCUCUCAGGAUGAUCGCGUGAGGAAGAUGAUGGACGAUGAGACUGAGCCGGGAUACAAUGCAAAGCCCAUCAAGCGAUUCUUACGGCUGCUGAGGGAAAUCGAUCAAGAGUAUAAGAAAUCGAAAGGGUCUCAGGCUGGUGCGACGAUGGAUGUUGAAGCGGACGAGCGGUCAUCCAGUAGUGCAUAAUUUGGUAUCAAUUAUCGUUAACAAUGAUAAUAAUUUUUUUAAAAUACCGAAUUGGAACUCCG